CACACUUUUUCCUGAUCACUUCUACAUUUUCUGGCCAUCUCUUCUUAUCUCUGGCUCUUGUUUUGGGCAGCUAAAAAUAAUGUCCCACCAACCUCGUUCCUCCAAUUCGAGGAGAGCAAGGGGGCAGAAGGACUACAGCACAGCCAUCCUGGAGGGGAAGAAGGCGCUGAAUAGAUUGGUGGUAGACGAGGCCUCCCUAAAUGACAAUUCUAUCAUCUCUCUUCACCCGGACACCAUGGACACGCUUCAUAUCCUCCGAGGGGACACUGUCCUCAUUAAGGGAAAAAGGAGGAGAGACACUGUUUGCAUUGCUCUGGCUGACGAGAUCUGCGAUGAGCCAAAGAUCCGAAUGAACAAGGUUGUUAGAUCCAAUCUGGGGGUCAGGCUUGGUGAUGUGGUGUCGGUGCACCCUUGCCCCGAUAUCAAUUACGGAAAGCGGAUCCAUGUCUUGCCCAUCGAAGACACGAUCGAAGGCGUCACCGGCAGCCUGUUUGAUGCAUUUUUGAAGCCCUACUUCUGGGAGGCGUACCGGCCGGUGAGGAAGGGGGACGUCUUCAUGGUGAGAGGAGGGAUGCGGAGCGUCGAGUUCAAGGUCAUGGAGACCGACCCAUCUGACUCCUGCAUCGUCAGCCCCGCCACCGAGAUUUUCUGCGACGGCCCACCGGUAAAGCGGGAGGACGUCUCCGGCCGGCUGGACGAGGUCGGGUACGACGACGUGGGCGGCGUCCGGAAGCAGAUGGCGAUGAUCAGGGAGCUGGUGGAGCUGCCGCUGCGCCACCCGCAGCUCUUCAGGUCCGUCGGCGUGAGGCCGCCCAAGGGGAUCCUGCUGUACGGGCCGCCGGGCUCGGGCAAGACGCUAAUAGCGAGGGCGGUGGCGAACGAGACGGGGGCGUCCUUCUUCUGCAUAAACGGGCCGGAGAUCAUGUCGAAGUUGGCGGGGGAGAGCGAGAGCAACCUGAGGAAGGCGUUCCGGGACGCGGAGAGAGCGGCGCCGUCGGUGGUGUUCAUCGACGAGAUCGACUCGAUCGCGCCGAAGAGGGAGAAGACGCAGGGGGAUGUGGAGAGGAGGAUCGUGUCGCAGCUGCUGACACUAAUGGACGGGCUGAAGGCGCGGGCGCACGUCGUCGUCAUCGGCGCCACCAACCGGCCCAACAGCAUCGACUCGGCGCUCCGGCGGUUCGGCCGCUUCGACAGGGAGAUCGACAUAGGCGUCCCCGACGAUGCAGGAAGGCUCGAAGUCCUCCGAAUCCACACCCGCAACAUGAAGCUCUCCGAUGACGUGGAUUUGGAGAGGAUAGCGAGGGAGACGCAUGGGCACGUAGGCGCGGACCUGGCGGCGCUGUGCACGGAGGCGGCGCUGCAGUGCAUCAGGGAGAAGAUGGACGUGAUCGACUUGGAGGACGAGAGCAUCGACGCCGAGAUCCUCAACGCCAUGGCCGUCACCAAUGACCACUUCAUGACUGCCCUUGCCACCAGCUACCCUUCUGCCUUGCGAGAGACUCAGGUCGUGGAAGUGCCGAACAUCAGCUGGGAUGAUAUUGGUGGGCUGCAAAAUGUCAAGCGUGAGCUUCAAGAGACGGUGCAAUACCCUGUGGAGCACCCGGAGAUGUUCGAGAAGUUUGGCAUGUCGCCUUCAAAGGGAGUUCUUCUGUAUGGGCCGCCGGGCUGCGGGAAGACGCUGCUGGCCAAGGCCAUCGCCAGCGAGUGCAGGUCCAACUUCAUCAGCGUGAAGGGGCCGGAGCUGCUCACCAUGUGGUUCGGCGAGAGCGAGGCCAACGUCCGCGGCAUCUUCGACAAGGCCCGCCAGUCCGCCCCCUGUGUCCUCUUCUUUGAGGAGCUCGACUCCAUCGCUACUCAGAGGGGGAGGAGUGUGGGAGAUGCAGGUGGUGGAGCUGAUAGGGUCCUGAACCAGCUGCUGACGGAGAUGGAUGGGAUGUCGGCGAAGAAGACUGUCUUCAUAAUCGGCGCCACCAACCGGCCGGACAUCAUCGAUCCGGCGCUGCUCAGGCCGGGGCGCCUCGACCAGCUGAUCUACAUCCCUCUGCCGGAUGAGAGCUCCCGCUUCCAAAUCUUCAAGGCCUGCCUGAGGAAGUCGCCUGUGUCUGAGGACGUUGAUAUCAGGGCGCUAGCCCAGUACACACACGGGUUCAGUGGCGCUGACAUUACUGAAAUAUGCCAAAGGGCCUGCAAGUACGCCAUUAGAGAGACCAUUGAGAAAGACAUGGAGAGAAAGAAAAGAAGAGCUCAUGAGGCAUCAGAAGUUAUGGCAGAAGACGUCACAGAAGAGGUCGAAGAGAUCAAAGCACGUCAUUUUGAAGAGUCCAUGAAAUAUGCUCGCAGGAGUGUUAGCGAUGCCGACAUCCGGAAGUAUAAGUCCUUCGCUCGUACAUUGCAGCAGUCAAGAGGAUUCGGAGGUGAGUUCAAGUUUGCCGCUCACCGGCCACAGGCUAGGGCCGGAGCUAAUGCCACUGAUCAGUUCUCGGCAGCCGGAGAUGAUGCUGCCUUUGAUGUUGACUUGCUCAAUUGAGCUUUCCUUAUUAUCAUGCCCAUAACGUGCUUCAUAGAUCAAGACAUGUCUAUAUGUAUUAUGUCCCAGAGCACAUACGCAUAUAUAUUGCAUCCACGCUCCAUUUGUAGUAUUUAUGAUGUUCAUAUUUAUCUAUUGGAUACACAUAUGGGUUUAUUGGUAGU